AUGUCGACACCAAUCAAAGUCCUCGUCGUUGGUGCCACAGGAAGAACAGGAAUGUCUGUGGCCCCUUUCUUCAAUACUGACAAGGGAAAGGCUGUUACGGCGUUGACACGUGAAUCCUCACUGGGCAAGCCCGAGAAUCAAAAACUCAAAGACCGCGGCGUUCAAGUUGUCGCAGCAGAUUUGCUUGGCCCCAAGGAACGUCUUGUCGAUGUUUUGACCGGCAUAGAUAUAGUCAUAUCAGCUACCUUCUGGAGAAAUCUUUUCGAUCAAAUUCCCUUGGCGGAAGCGGCUAAGGAGGCCGGAGUGAAACGAUUUGUCCCGUGUUCAUUCAUGACACCAUCGCCGAGAGGAGCCAUGAGAAUGUACGACUGGAAAGACGACAUUCUCGCUGCAAUCCAACGGGUGUACCUCCCGUGGACGAGUAUCGACGUGGGCUGGUGGUCGGAACAGGUUGUGCCGUCGAUUCCUUCUGGACGAACGCAGAAAUAUCAAAGCCCUUACUUCGAGAAAAUCCCUGGCGACGGCACUAUGCCUGUGGCGCUUACGGCACUCGCCGACAUUGGGAACUACGUUGCGAAGAUCAUCGUCGACCCUAGGACACUCAACAAGAAAGUGUUUGCUUACACCGACGUGCACACGUAUCACGAAGUUCACGACCUUAUGGAGCGGCUCAGUGGCGAGAAGACUGCAAGGUCUUAUGUUCCCGCCAGUGAGGUCAAGCAGAAGAUCGACGAGGCUGAGGAAACUCUGAGCAAGGACCCGAAGAACGACGCAGCUCUUAUGCAGCUAUUCUUUUUCCAGUACCAAAACAAUUUGGGAAUCCGAGGCGAUAAUACCCCCGCAAAGGCCAAAAUCUUUGGCUACUUGGAUUUCAAAGAGUUAUAUCCCGACGUCAAGGGCGAGACCGUCUCCGAGCUAUUCCAGAAGAUUCUGAAUGGUCAAGACAAGGAUUCACUCUACUAUCUUUGGAAGUAA